CUAGCGACGCAUUGCGGUGCUCAGUACUAUAGCAGCCUCCGCAGCGUCAAGUUCCGGUAUGUUACGUGCGUGAGUUCAGUGAGACUGUUUUGUGAGUUGUGACUAAUGUUGCGAGAUUGAGAUUGCCCAGGUGGAGCUGUAGACAUUUGACUAAAGCUUUGAAAGGUCAAUUCGGAGGAUUCGUAGAACUCCAGAUUGUCAAGGACCAGCCAUGCAGUGUUAUCUUAUACGUCUGAAAAGUGAAUGCUGAAACUUUGGGGGUGAGCAUGGUGUGGCUGUGUCCUGUGUACGUGCUGCUCUGCACGAUGACAUGCACGUGCGGGUUCGCUGCGACACUGAGACAUGCACGCCAUCAAGCCGCACCUCCGCCCGACAGACUGCCCCCGCUCGACAUCCCUUCUCGAUACGAUAUGGACAUGACGGAUGACGCGGUAGAGGACGCGCCCGCGCCGGAGGACUCACUGCUGAUACACACGCUCAAGGGCAAAGUGAGAGGUCAGACCAUGACAGCAGCUACAGGCAAACUAGUGGACGCCUGGCUGGGCAUACCUUACGCACAAAAACCCAUAGGUCCACUGCGGUUCAAGCACCCUCGACCACCCGACCGGUGGGACUAUGUCUACAAUGCAACCAAGCAGCCCAACUCUUGUGUUCAAAUCUUCGACACCGUGUUCGGAGACUUCUCCGGUGCGAUGAUGUGGAACCCAAAUACCCAGAUAUCCGAGGACUGCCUCUACCUGAAUGUCGUGGCACCUAAACCUCGUCCUACCAACGCCGCGGUCAUGGUGUGGGUCUUCGGAGGAGGGUUCUACUCGGGAUCCGCCACCUUGGACGUCUACGACCCACGGAUCUUAGUUUCAGAAGAGAAUGUUAUCUACGUGUCGAUGCAGUAUCGCGUAGCUUCACUCGGAUUCCUGUUCUUUGACUCGCCAGAAGUCCCCGGGAACGCGGGGUUGUUCGACCAGCUGAUGGCGCUACAAUGGGUCCACGACAAUAUCCAUUUCUUCGGUGGAAAUCCACACAAUGUGACGUUGUUUGGAGAGUCAGCCGGUGCUGUAUCAGUGUCUCUUCACCUUCUGUCACCCCUCAGUAGAAACUUGUUUAGCCAGGCCAUCAUGGAGUCUGGAUCAGCGACAGCGCCCUGGGCGAUCAUAUCGCGUGAUGAGAGCAUUCUGAGAGGACUUAGACUCGCUGAGGCUGUAGGUUGUCCACACACGCGUGGCGAGAUCAAUGAGGCUGUGGACUGCUUGAGGAAGAAGAAUGCCUCGGAACUGGUUGAGAACGAGUGGGGGACUCUAGGGAUUUGUGAGUUCCCUUUUGUCCCUAUUAUAGACGGAGCGUUCCUGGACGACCUGCCUGUGCGAUCACUUGCCACCAAGAACUUCAAGAAGACAAACAUCUUAAUGGGAAGUAACACGGAGGAAGGAUACUACUUUAUUAUAUACUACCUCACUGAGCUCUUUAGGAAAGAAGAGAACGUGUACGUAAACAGAGACGAAUUUCUUCACGCGGUCCACGAACUCAACCCUUACGUCAACAACGUGGCUCGUCAAGCCAUCGUGUUUGAGUAUACUGACUGGCUCAACCCUGACGAUCCUAUACGCAACAGAGACGCCCUUGACAAGAUGGUAGGAGACUAUCACUUCACCUGCAAUGUCAACGAGUUCGCUCACAGAUAUGCCGAGACUGGCAACAACGUCUACAUGUACUACUUCAAAUACCGCAGUAUAGGAAACCCCUGGCCAUCAUGGACGGGUGUGAUGCAUGCGGACGAGAUCAACUACAUCUUCGGGGAACCCCUGAACCCCGUUCUCAACUACCACCCUCAGGAGGUGGAGCUCAGUCGACGCAUGAUGCGCUACUGGGCAAACUUCGCUAAGACUGGAAACCCCAGCAUGUCGGAGGACGGGACCUGGACAGCUACCUACUGGCCUGUCCACACGGCCUAUGGUCGAGAGUAUCUCACUCUGGACGUCAACUCCACGGCCACUGGCCGGGGGCCGAGGCUUAAACAGUGCGCCUUCUGGAAGAAAUAUCUUCCGCAACUAAUAGCUGCCACAGAGAAGCUGCAGGCGCCUGUUGUGGAGACGUGUGCAGGCGUGGCGAGCGUGAUGGAGAUAUCACACGUCACGCUGUUCGCUCUCUCUCUCACACUCACGCUGUGCGCGUGGCUCGUGUAAAGUGCUCCUCGUAGUGCGACUAGCCGAUAGAUUGUACAUACCGGCGACGACUCCCCUAAACGCCGUGUUCAGGGGGAUCUCGCUUCGUUUUAAAGCGUAGAUGACAUUUAUUUUAUUUGUUAUUUGAGGAUAUUGAGUUUGACAAUAAGUAAUAUUAUGAACUAUAAUGAAUUGCCGCCGAACACGGAGUUCACACAGACAGUCGUGUAACAUAGAGAGUGUAUAAAAGUGUAUAAACAGAUAUCACUAGUGUAAUCGUCGUCGCUGCUAUGACCGUAGUGCCGCGUCAUCACCGAGUCAACCACCUUCACUUGUCGUGUUAGGGAUGUUACAAUGAGAAAGUAAAAUGUUUAGUGGCCUUUCCUAAUGUUUGUCUUGUUGUUGUAUGCAGUCGGAUCCUUUAAUGAAUAGUUUAACGCUGAUCCCCAUUUCCGAACUAUUUAAAGUAUUUAAUUUUAAAGAUACACAAAAGCUUAACAUAUUUCAAUAUUCUAACAAAAAAGUUAAAAACAUUGCACUAAAUUUCAAUAAUUUAUUUAACUUUUUGGAUAUUUUACCGGCACAAAUAACGAAACCUCAGCACAAAAACCUUUACCAAACUUGCAUCUGCAGGAAACAAUAAUAAGGUUCCUACUAUACUUUGGAGUUUUAGUUUGGUCAUAGAUUUGCAUAGUUUUAGCGAUUUAAGUAGAUGGAUACACAAAUACGUGCAAAUUGUAUUUUACUUGCCUGCCAAUGAAUGUAUACACAUACAUAUAUUUUCAUCCACUAUGUACAUAUACACAUAUGUACACUGAACAAGUGUUUAUUUAGUGUGGCGACGACGACAAUGUACAUACCCUAACAUAUCCUCGUCGGUCACUGGAGCAUUGGGACUAAAAGCUUUAUUGGGGGGAGGAGCCUCCUAGCGAUCGACACACAAUCCAAAUGUGCAGUUUUAGAGCUGUAUUAUUAACGAAAGCAUAACGCGAUAAGUCGAUACAAUUAAAAUCAGUGAAAUCGAAUACUAAACACGUUCAAUUAUGGUUGAAAACUUAACACAACUUUAAUUCUAUUCAAAACCAACUAUUAGUGUUAAAGCAAUGAAAAUAUAAAAAUAUCCAAUUUUGGUAACUUUUUUCAUGAUUUCAGCUAAUUACAAAUUGCUCAUUACUUUUCCAGUAAUUUUUGGGAUAAAAAAACUUACUUUUAAAAACAAAUUGAUUACACAUUCAAUUUACAGAUGUUUUUUAAGUCACAUAAGAUUUGUUAGCAAAUUAAAAAAGUUGAGAAUUUUUAUUGGUUUUAAAUCAACUUCAUGAAUCCUAUAUGUUUUGUAAUACCAAUAAUUUUAAGGGAGUAAAAUAAAUAAGAAAUUUGACAAAUUUAUAAUAAAUUGUGUCAUACACAGCUCCAAGACUGAACUUGAAUGUACAUAUCCUACACAGGUCAUGAGGUUUCUCCCUUUUCUUCUUUCUGUAUCUAUCAAUGUACAGUAGCGCUUGAGCUUUCCGCUUCCUCAAACUGUAUCGUUCAUCAAAUGGUUUCUAGAAACUUUACGUUUUUACUAAAAGGCUCGCGUACACACACUUGAAAGGCCAAAUUAGAAACUCACAUUCAAUUUAAUAAAUACGAGUAUUGCGGCCCUGGCACAAAUCAUUCUCAUUAACAGCACAAUUUGUAGCAUCGUAUUUACGACUAAGGUAUUUUUCUUAACUUUUAUAAAUCAUACUUUUCACAUUGAUAAAAUAGGUAAUAGUAAGCUGUUUGUAAAAUUUUUUAACCAGUAUUUAGCUCGAAAAGUAUUUUAAACUACAAGAGUAUAUGAUAUAAUUUUAAGUAUUUAUGGGGUGAUUUUGUAUCACAGUGUAUGUAGACCUAAUUUAUAUAAUAAUAAGAAAUAAUAUUUAAGCAAUCAAAAUAUUAUUACAUACCUAAUUUAUUUUCAAUAUAUUUCAAAAGCUAGCAAGUCGUUAGUUUGAAUAUUCCGUUUGAUCUCAAUCAAUUAGCUGCCAGAUUCAAAGCCAAUAGUAAUUUGAUUACAAUAUUUAAUAUUUAAAUAACUUAAUGCGCUUAUUCAUUACAAAAUAAUCAACUUUAUUCAACUUAGUAUAUUUUUUAAGAUUAAUAGAUUUACACUUAACAGAGGUUAUGUAAAUUUAUCUGUUGAUAUUAAGAAAUAAUUUAUCUUUACCAACGACUUUCAAUUGUAUUAUUAUUUAGCUGACUGUUUUACCGUUAUGUCGGUCUGCUUUAGGUGUGCAAGAUAUCAGAGAGUAUGUCAUAGUUGUUUUUCGAUUAAUUGUAUAUAAUCUAUAGGUAAAUGAGCUGUAUUGUAUAUAUGUUAUGUUAUUGUAUAGUGCUUUGCAUUCUAUAAACUGUUUGAUGACUCGGCCUUCACCGUAUUAUUGUAUAGUUCUGUUGAAAUACAGCUAAAUACCAUCUUUGCAAA